UACAUGCAUACAAAUAUUCUGUUAUAUUACUGUAAUCAUUAACAUCAAAGAACUUAUGCUUAAACAGUUACUUAUGUAAAUAUACACAAUAUAUACAUGUAUGUUUCUUUAAAACAUAUAAAUACCUCUUUCAGGUAUAUGAAUAUAUGUCCAAGCGCGAAUAUGUAUUUUUCGCUUUAACAUGUACAUCAUAUUAUUAUAUGAGCAUUUGAAGAGGCUACAAUACCAUCGCACAUACAGACACGCACGCAAAUACACAAAUAGAGAUAUUUAUUCAAUUCUUUUUUUUUUUUUGUUUCUUCUGUAAGUACGUGCAUGCGUAUGUAUGCAUCAGUUUAUGCUAUUCGUAAGCAGAAAGUUACAUAAAUAUAUGUCUAUGUAUAUAUAAUAUAUGACGAAUAUAUGUGAAUAUGAACAUGUAUGCAUGUAAGUAAGUAAAUUUUGUGCGAGAGUGUUUGUUCGUAUAUCAUGGUUGGUUGGCUAUCUGCUGUAACGUGUUUGUUUCGAGAUUUGUUGUUUUAGUGACAGUUUGUGUUGAACAUAGUGCGCUUUCGAAGUAUUUCAUUUUACAUGUUACAUACCAUACAACUACCGGAUACAUUGGUAUUUUUUUUUUUUUUUUUUUUUUGAGUGUUAUCCCCUCCUUGCAUUACCAGUAAAUGCUCCAACUCUCCACGUUACUCUCUGUUUUAUGUUAUUUUGCUUUAGUCUUCUCAUUCACUACUCCAUUAGAGCGCUAUAUGGAGCACAACGUUUUUAUAACAUAACAAGAGACGACGUAAACGUCGGCGUCCAAGUUAGCCUGCCGUUCCGUCAGUGAGCCAAUAAAGCAAGCAGGCAAGCAAGCAAGCAAUCAGCCAACAAAACAGCAAUACCGAGGAUGAAUAGCUAAAGAUUUUGUGGAAUAUAGCGAACUCGAUAAUAUUUUGAGGCAGUCUUUAGCUACACUUCGUAUUGAGCGUAUCGCGGGUACAUUAUGUGUAUCGUGCUACCGCGUUUUUUUUUUGUCGGGGCACCACAACACCACACCACUACAACACCAUCACCAUCAUCAUCAUCAUCGUGAUCAUCAUCAUCAUCGUCGUCAUCAUCAUCACCGUCACCACAAUCAUUAUUAUCGCAUCAAGAACGGGAAAAACAAACGCUGCUACGUCUUUAUAAAACGUUCUUUUAAAUUCACUUUCGGUUCGAUUUUCGUUCAUGUAAAACUGUCGUAGAUUUAUUAUUAUGUCAAAGUUUGUUCUGAAAACAGGAAUCGUUCGCAGAUUGAAAGAGAAAGCAGACGGCGCAUAAGCGGGAGACGUUAAAGUUAUAAAAGUUAAAAGGAGAGAAGGGAGAGAGAGAGAAAGAGAGAGGGAGAGUGAAAGAGAGAGAAAGUGAGAGAGAGAGAGAGAGAGACAUUCGUUUACUUAAUAUAUAUUUCAUUCAAAUACGUUACGAAUUCCACCAAAUGUCUUCCGGAAUAAAUUGUCGCGAAAUUUUCGUGUUUUUGGAUAUAUUAAUUUGGAAUCAAACUAAAAGGAGAAAUCGACAAAAUAAUGAUAAUAAUAAUAAUAACAAUAACAACAAUAAUAUCAAUAAAUUUAACCAAAAGAGAGGUAACGCCUGCAACACUAACGCCAUUAAGCCCAACAAACAAAAUAAUUCCAAUAAUAAAGUGAAAGUGAUCAAGUGUAAAAAUACAAAAGCUAAUCAGCAAAAAAAUUUUACGACAACAACAACAGCCGCAGCAAUAGCAACAACAGCAAUAAGACAUAAUAAUAAUAUUAUUUUGAAUAAAAAUUGCAAAAGCAAAACCAAUGUUAACGUCAAUAAUCAAGUUUCAAGUAAAGGUUGCGAAACGGAUAAAAAUGCAUUUCAUCAAAAACACCUUAAACUGUUAGAGAAUCAAAUAAGGAAUUUUUCAGAAAUUUAGCUUAAAGAAUGUUGUUUGCAAAGUGAAGCAAGCAAGCGAGCAAGCAAUGAAUGAAUGGAUAAAACUGAUUGAUAUAUACGUAUAUGUGAAUUAAAAGCAAAAAAAAAAAAAAAGAACACUAGAAUCUAACCCCUCUGUGUCACCCAGCAUUUACAGUUCAGUGCCUAAGUGAUUUAAGAGAGAGCCAAAGUUAAUGAUUGAGCUAACGCUUCUAAAACGAUAGCAUCAAAUUUAUAUAUAUAUAUAUAAAUAUAUAUAUAUGUAUAUAUAUUAUAGACAUAUUAAAAC